CCGGGCGCGAUGCCGCACGUGGAGAUGCUGCUGCUGGCGGCCGCGGCGCUGUGGGUGUGCGUGCGCGGGCAGGAGCCCGGCGCCAAGGCGGUGGCCGACCGCUACGCCGUCUACUGGAACAGCUCCAACCCCAGAUUCCAGCGAGGUGACUACCACAUCGAUGUCUGCAUCAAUGACUACCUGGAUGUGUUCUGCCCUCACUAUGAAGACUCAGUGCCAGAAGAUAAGACCGAACGCUAUGUUCUGUACAUGGUGAACUUUGAUGGCUACAGCUCCUGUGAUCACACCUCCAAAGGGUUCAAGAGGUGGGAGUGUAACCGGCCGCAUUCCCCAAAUGGACCAUUGAAGUUCUCGGAAAAGUUCCAGCUCUUUACGCCCUUCUCACUGGGAUUUGAGUUCAGGCCAGGCCGGGAGUAUUUCUACAUCUCUUCUGCAAUCCCAGAUAAUGGAAGGAGAUCCUGCCUAAAGCUGAAGGUGUUUGUGCGACCAGCAAACAGCUGUAUGAAAACUAUAGGUGUUCAUGAUCGUGUUUUCGAUGUUAACGACAAAGUAGAAAAUUCAUUAGAACCAGCAGAUGAUACCGUACAUGAGUCAGCCGAGCCAUCCCGUGGUGAGAACGCAGCACAGACACCAAGGAUACCCAGCCGGCUUUUGGCAACUCUGUUGUUCCUCCUGGCAAUGCUUUUGAUAUUAUAGCACAGUAUGCUCCGGCAACCUGUCACAGAAAAUACCAGGGUCUUGGAACAUCAAAGAUCCACCUAACUGCUCAUCCCAGGAAAGGGACUUUAUUGUUUUUGCAGAUGUCAAAUUGUUAUUUUUCCCUUUUUUUCUCCCUUUUAGCCUGAACUCAGCAAAAAUUCGAAGGGGAUAACUAGCUUCAGCGCCCACCCCUACCUACCCUGUGACUUUCUUAACCCCUCCAUAUAAAUAAAAGGACUCCAAAUGAAAAUGCCAAACUAUAA